AAAAAGUUAUCAACCAAUCACAGAGCGAUAUUAAUAUCUUAAGACAUUACUUAAGAUGGUCUUAAGAUAAGAAUCAAUUAUGAAUACUGGCCUACUCUCGCGCGCCACAUGGAAUCAGAAGACGAGAGGGAGGGAAGGAAAGAAAGAAGGAAGGAGGGAGAGCGGAAGAGAGGAGGGGAGAGAGAGAGAGAGAAAAUGCGAAUUUGCAUCGCGAUAGAUUUCACUCCGAAAUAUUACGAUGAAUGUGACUAGCAGAUUGUGUCAACUGAAACAAAUAUUGCAAAGCUGCAGGAAUUUACAUGUCACAUAUAUAACAAAAAAUGCAGCUGCAUAUGAGGGUCCUGGUAAAACCACUGUCACAUUUAUCAGCAAAGAGAUUGGUUCUCGACUCUUAAUAUCUCGUUGUGAUGAGAUCGGUUUUACAUUAAACACUGGUACAAAAGUGAUAGGACCAAUGGUAAUCUUUCCCAGACAUGCCAUCUGCUGGAAUAUUGAAUCCAGCAAGCACAUAAAUGAUGCAUCGCUUUCAUUAUUCACUAUCCUCGAGCCAAAACCUGAUCUUUUAAUUAUAGGCUUAGACGACCAAUACGAUUUCUUUUAUAUUAAAAAUCUCCGAGAGUGCGUGAAGAAGCUCGGUAUUACUGCAGAAAUAAUUUCCGUGUACAAUGCAUGUACGGUGUUCAAUUUUGUUAAUGAGGAAGGCAGAUAUGUCAUUGCGGCAUUGAUACCGCAAAAAACAUCUAAACAAAAAUUGAGACUACCGAAACAUGAACAGAUGAUUGAUUCUGACAGUGCUGCAAAUAACAAAACAGAUAAUAGAAAAAUAGAAAAUAUAAAAUGAUGGAAUAUGUAUAUAUGUAUGUAUAUAUGAUUUGUGAGAAGAUUGUGUAUUGAGAAAACUACAAUAAGUUUGCUUGUAUAAAUCAUGUAUAGGAUUAUAAUAAAAUUCUAAAUUUAUUUGUUCAAAAUAAAA